GUGUAUGUCAAUGUGUCUGUGUGUGUCUAUGUGUAUCUGAGAGUCUGCGUGUAUAUUUGGUUCUGCGUUUAUAUUUGUAAUUGUAUCUGCAUGUUUGUGUGGAUAUGAGCAUGUUUGUAUCUGCGUCUCUAGAUCUAUAUGUGUGUGUCUGUGUAUAUCUAUGCGCCUGUGUGCAUCUGACAGUCUGUGCACCUGGGAGUCGAUCUAUGUGAUUGUGUGUAUACGCAUGUCUUUGUGGAUCUGAAGGUUUGUGUGUAUUUGAGUCUGUGUGCAUCUGGGGGUCUGUAUUUAUCUGCGUGUUUACGUGUGCGUCUUUGUAUGCGCGUGCGUGUCAGCCUAUGCUUUGGGUGGAGCGGUGGCGCAGUGUUUAGCGCAUCGCGCUUUGAAUCCAGCGACCCGAGUUCGAUUUUUGGCUACAACUAACAUCAGCGGUGAUUAUUUCAAACAAUUGCGGACCUCUGCUGUGUUGACUCAGCCUCAAAUGAAUAGCUGGUGUGGUGCAUAAACAUCGCCCCGUCGUGUGUCGUGUCGGGCUUAAUAGGUGCUCGCUAACAAGAGUAGGUUACGGCUAUACGGGAAAUCUUUGUCUAUGAAUACAUGCACGUGUUUGCGUCUGUCUGUGUUUUUCUGCAUCUGUGUCUGCAUGUGUCUGUCUUUAUGUGUGUCUGCGUGUCAGUAUGUUUAUGUGUGUUGUGUCGGUGUGUGUGUUUGCCCAUCUGUUCGCUUAAUUGGCCUCAUACUCCACUUACUCAUGCUUGUCUAUCACGUGCCUCUCUCUAAUGCCUGUGUCUCCCCGUCGCUGCCCUUCCUGACUCACUCACUCUCUGAAUCCUGUGUCCUUCCCUCCUGGUGUGUCUCUACACGUCCCUCCCUGUCUCUCUCUCUCUGUCCCUGCAUUUUCCUCCCCCCACGUCUCCCUCCCUUUCACUCUGCUCACCCCGCGUCUGUCUCAUUCUCCGUAUGUUUGCCUCCCACCUUCCCUGUCUCUCCCUACAUCCCUGUCUCACCUCCGUGUCUGUCUUUACCUCCGUUGUCUCUUCCCAGCCUUCCCGUCUCCCUGUCUCGUCCACAAUCCCUGUUUCAACGUCUCCCACCCGCCCCUACCCCCAUCCUGCCUGGUCUCCCUCUUGUCUCCCUCCUCUGUUCUCUCGUUGGCCACACCUGUUGGCUCUCGCUCAAUACCAUUAAAUCGUGCCGCCCUUUGCCGCACAAGCGGUUACACGUGGGCAACGUGGAUGUUGAAUUCGUUUAAAUUGAAUUUGCGUUUUGUACCACUAUUCAUCAUAUUUUAUUAAAGAGAACAGAGGCUGCAUUGACCACUUCCACCACAACCACCUCCACCUCUUUCUUCUUCAACACCCCUCACCUCCCCAACCACCUCCUUUUUGUUGGAAUCUUCCACCUCCACCGCCUCUGUUAUUUUUUCUUCAUAUUUAACCACCUCAUUCACGUCCACCAUCUCCUUGUCCACCUCUUCUACCAGAACAACAUCCACCUCAUAUCCACGUUAUAUAUCCACCACCUCCUCCACCUCCUCCACAUAUAAACCCUUUUACCUUCACAACCCCCACCUCGUCAUCCGCUCUUAUUCCCACACAACCUCCAUCUCAUCAUAUCCACCUCUUUCACGUCAUCCACAAACUGCACCAGCGCCACCACCAACUUGUCGUACGCUCAUCCUUCCCCACUGCCUCCACCUCAUGGUAAACAACGUUUGUCACCUCAUCCACAAGCUGCACCUAUCACCGCCCCCACCACCAUCUGCGUCCACCGGCUCCUCGUCCACUUCCUCAACGCUCGCCUCCCAGCCUCGCGUCACAGGAGGAGGUGGCGCCGGGGUGGAUGAAGUGAGAAGCCCUGGAGGCGCUGACGAUGACCCAGGGCGCGUGGGGGGUCGGCUCUCGGGGGUGAGAGGCGCUCUCAUGAGGCCGGGAGCUUCAGUGUAACGAGGCAUGAAUCGUCGCACCUCUCGCUCCACGUGCUCGCUACCUCCCGAUCCUCCACGGGUCCCGCAGGACCUCGGCAACAACAACAACAACAGCGACGGCAUCGGUAGCCACCAGCAGCAGCAGCAGCCGUACCCCGCGCACUCACGGCGAGUUCGUAUCAACGUCGGGGGCAUUACUCACGAGGCACUUUGGCGAACAUUGGAACGCCUCCCACGAACCCGCCUCGGCAGACUGCAAGCCUGCGUGGUGGGGAGCGAGGAGGCCAUCAUGGAACUCUGCGACGACUACAGUCGAGCAGACAACGAGUUCUUCUUCGAUCGACACCCGGGCGCAUUCACGUCCAUCCUGAACUUUUACCGCACGGGUCGCCUUCACAUGAUGGAGGAGAUGUGCGCGCUGUCCUUCAGCCAGGAGCUCGACUACUGGGGCGUGGAUGAGAUCUACCUGGAGUCGUGCUGCCAGGCGAGGUACCACCAGAAGAAGGAGCAGAUGAACGAGGAGCUGAGGAGGGAGGCGGAGAGCGCGCGGGAGCGGGAGGGGGAGCAGUUCGACGCCACGUACUGCGCGGAGAAGCGCAAGAAGCUGUGGGACCUCCUGGAGAAACCCAACUCCUCCCUGGCGGCUAAGGUCCUGGCCAUCAUCUCAAUCCUCUUCAUCAUCCUGUCCACGGUGGCUCUGUCUCUCAACACCCUGCCGGAGCUGCAACACAUCGACGAGUACAAACAGGCCACGGACAACCCCAACCUCGCGCACGUGGAGGCCGUCUGCAUCGCCUGGUUCACCACCGAGUACCUCCUGCGCUUCGCCUCCUCGCCCAACAAGUGGAAGUUCUUCAAGGGCCCUCUGAACGUCAUCGACCUGCUCGCCAUCCUGCCCUACUACAUCACCAUCUUCCUCACCGAGUCCAACAAGAGCGUCCUGCAGUUCCAGAACGUCCGCCGCGUCGUCCAGAUCUUCCGCAUCAUGAGGAUCUUGCGCAUCCUCAAGCUGGCCCGCCACUCCACAGGCCUCCAGUCGCUGGGCUUCACGCUCAAGCGCAGCUACAACGAACUCGGCCUGCUCAUCCUCUUCCUCGCCAUGGGCAUCAUGAUCUUCUCCAGCCUCGUCUUCUUCGCCGAGAAGGACGAGGACGGCACCAAGUUCCGCAGCAUCCCCGCCUCCUUCUGGUGGGCCACCAUCACCAUGACCACGGUGGGCUACGGCGACAUCUACCCCAAGACGCUGCUCGGCAAGAUCGUGGGCGGCCUGUGCUGCAUCGCGGGCGUGCUCGUCAUCGCGCUGCCCAUCCCCAUCAUCGUCAACAACUUCAGCGAGUUCUACAAGGAGCAGAAGCGCCAGGAGAAGGCGGUGAAGCGGCGCGAGGCUCUCGACAGGGCCAAGAGGAACGGAAGCAUCGUCUCCAUGAACAUCAGGGACGCGUUCGCCCGCAGUCUGGAGGCAACGACGGCAUCGAACGCAUUGGCGUCGGCGACGGCGGUGGAGGAGGACGGGGACAGCGGGAAGCUGUUGCCCGACACGGAGAGGAUUUCACCCACCGGGGAGAGUGAGCGGGUGAACCACAUCCCGUUGCAGAGGUUUGCACCUUCGUCGUCGUCGUCGUCAUCGGCCAGAGAUGGAGGCCAUGCAGCCGAGGGAAACGCGCAAGGCCAGAGCGUCGUCGAGGUCGGUGGUGGUGCGUCGUCGGGUAGCGCCGUGGCCAUCACCGCGGCCUUCAACAACGCCACUUGCACCACCACAAACAUCACCACCACGACCGCCGGCAGCAGCAACGUAAAGGCGCCCGAGCACCUGAACGCGCGGAGGCUUGAGAAGAUGUACAGUGACCUGGUGUCGACGACGCCGAGGGUGGCGCUCAUGCCACUGCCGACAGAGCCGUGGUCCGAACAGGGAGCGGGCAUCAACCCGAGGCCCCGCGCCCUUGCUCCUCCGUCCAGAAGAGACCCCAAGGUGAGCGACAUGCGAAGCCUCUCGAGUGCCGACAGCUUCGUGAGCUGCGUCACGGACUUCGCCGACAGCAACGGCGGAGGACACGGCGGUGGAGCCGCAUCGACCUUCAGGGUCGGGUCAGAGGGAGACCUCCUCCUCCUGGACCUCGCAGGGCUCCAGGGGCAGGCGGGAACCCAGGGGGUGCGUGUGGCCGUGGGGCAAAAUAUGCUCGGAAAAGGUGUCAAGGAGGUGGCAUCCACGGGGAAUGCGUUACUCUGCCAAGAUUCACCAUCGGCUCUGUCGCCUUUUCUGUCCUCGGCAACGUCAUCGUCCUCAUCAUCGACGUCAUCAACUUCAUCUUGCUCGUCGACAUCAUCGCUCGUCCAAACCAAAGAGCAUCAUCAUCAUCAGCAUCACCAUCAGCAGCAGCAGACGGCUAGUGUGAGUUGGGUCACAGACUCAGAGAGCGAAGGCACGAUGGAAAGGGGACAUCAGCAUCAUCGCCAACAUCAUUAUCGUCAUCCUCUUCAUAAUCAGCAGCAGCAGCAACAGCAGGAACUUAGGCAGCGGCCAAAGUUGACUUCGCAGGCGAGCGUAGGUUGGUCUGCUAUGGAUACAAGCAUGAUAGAACACGAGCACAUUAACCAACAUCAGCAGCAGCAGCAUCACCACGAACCGAACAACCCACACCACCAACACCAAUUACACCACCGCCAACAACCGCGCCUCUCUCGUCAGCCCUCGUCAGAGGCUGCCGGCCGCUCUUCCUGCGAGGUGGCACAAUGUUUGGGGAACGUGCAAAAUUGCGCCCGAACCGGGUUCCUGUGUGCGCACAUUCGCGCUCCGCUGGCAGACGGGGAAGACUUGAGCGACGAGACGAGGAUGUGAUGAUGAUGGUCGUGGUGAUGAUAAUUGUGGUGGUGGCGGUGAUUAUGAUAAUGGUGGCGGUGGUAUAAUUAUGUUAUGGUAAUCAUCACCUCAGCCACAAACCUGCUCCCAAUUCUACAAUUGACAUAUCAUCCGUUCACGGCAUGUCACAUGAUGAGAGGAAGAAAGCCAACGGCUCUCACCUUGUAGAUAGACGCACGCCUAAGAUGCGUAGCCGUGUUUUCCGACACGAAUUUUGGUGACGAAAUAUAACACAAAUAAAUAAGAUCUACUCUUGCGACCGCCACCAUAAGCGCUGCUGCGAAUGUCACUGCACACCUCCGAUUAGCACGGUUGGCCAGGUACGGCGAGAAAGAAGGUUCAACAUACUGUACCGUGCAUACACUGCGGUGACCUGAAUAUUUAUCCAAACACGAUGUCUCCUUCGCGUAAGCGAACAGUAAAACAAAACAGCAAUUCCAGUACGCCUCGCAUGCCACGAUGCCAUCGCCAUUCUGGAGCGUAGUGACGAUGUGUUUGUUGUUGUUACACUACACAGAUUCCUUUCCAUUGCCACCAGCUCCAAGAAGAAGUGGAUACUGGUAGAGUUCAUGGACCGUUUGCUAGGGGCGUGAAGGCGACUCUUAUAUACCAGCGCCUAACUGCCAUGUUCCGUUCCGCGAUGACGUAACCGCGGUGGGGGG